GGAAACGGGCACCGAGCCCCGCCUCAGGCACGGCUCUCCCGGCCCUGCCCGCCGCGCCGCAGACACCACCCCGGCCCGCUUGACGAGAGCGGGGAGGAAUGUGUUUCCGGGGCGGGUAAAGCGGAGCGCGGACCUCCCCUCCCCCGCGGGCCGGGCUCCCGCAGCAGCUCGGAGCAGGCGGCGGCGGGCAGCCAGCGAGGAGCGAGCCCGGGCGUCCCGCCGCGCCCAGCCCUGCCCAGCCCAGGACGCCGCCGCCGCAGCAGCGAGCCGGGCGGGCCGGAGCGCGCCCGCUGCCCGGAGCCAUGGCCGAGACUAAUUUCAAAUGGCUCACAUGUGCUGGUGUCCUCUGUUGCUUGAUAUGGAAUGGAUUUGCCCAGCAAGGUGGAAGCGACUGCAUAAAAGCAAAUGCAAAGUCAUGUGGGGAAUGUAUACAAGCAGGACCAAACUGUGGCUGGUGUAAAAAAACAGACUUUUUGCAAGAAGGAGAGCCAACAUCUGCCCGCUGUGAUGACUUGGCGGCACUGAAGAGUAAAGGCUGCCCCAUGGAAGAUAUAGAGAAUCCCAGAGGCAGCAAACAGGUGCUCGAAAAUAGAGAAGUAACAAAUCGUAAGAAAGGGGCUGCAGAGAAGCUGAAACCAGAAGCCAUUACACAGAUCCAGCCACAGAAAUUAUCACUGCAUCUAAGAGUUGGGGAACCCCAGACAAUUUCAUUAAAAUUCAAGAGAGCUGAAGACUACCCCAUUGACCUUUAUUAUCUUAUGGACCUCUCCUAUUCUAUGAAAGAUGAUUUAGAGAAUGUGAAAAGUCUCGGAACAGCUCUGAUGUUAGAGAUGGAAAAAAUAACUUCAGACUUUCGGAUUGGCUUUGGCUCUUUUGUGGAGAAAACUGUGAUGCCUUAUAUCAGUACAACACCAGCCAAACUCAGAAAUCCUUGUACAGGGGACCAGAACUGUACAAGUCCAUUUAGCUAUAAAAAUGUGCUUAGCCUUACCAGUGAAGGAAACAAGUUCAAUGAACUUGUAGGUAAACAGCACAUUUCUGGGAACUUAGAUUCUCCUGAAGGUGGAUUUGAUGCAAUAAUGCAGGUUGCAGUUUGUGGGGAACAAAUUGGCUGGAGGAAUGUUACAAGACUAUUAGUGUUUUCCACGGAUGCUGGAUUCCACUUUGCAGGAGAUGGUAAACUUGGUGGAAUUGUUCUGCCAAAUGAUGGGAAAUGUCAUCUGGAAAAUAAUGUGUACACAAUGAGCCACUAUUACGAUUAUCCAUCUAUUGCUCAUCUGGUACAGAAACUUAGUGAGAACAAUAUUCAGACAAUCUUUGCUGUUACUGAAGAGUUUCAGGCAGUCUAUAAGGAACUGAAAAAUCUGAUACCAAAAUCAGCAGUGGGAACAUUGUCUUCAAAUUCCAGUAAUGUGAUUCAGCUGAUCAUUGAUGCAUACAAUUCCCUUUCUUCAGAGGUUAUCCUGGAAAAUACUAAGCUACCAAAAGGAGUGACAAUCAGUUACAAGUCUUUCUGCAAGAAUGGAGUGAAUGACACACAAGAAGAUGGAAGGAAGUGUUCUAACAUUUCUAUUGGAGAUGAGGUUAGAUUUGAGAUUAAUAUAACAGCUAAUGAAUGUCCAAAGAAAGAACAAAAUGAAACAAUUAAAAUUAAACCACUGGGAUUCACUGAAGAAGUUGAAAUUAAUCUCCAGUUCAUCUGUGAGUGUCAGUGUCAGAGUGAAGGAGAGCCUAAUAGUCCAGCCUGCCAUGCAGGAAAUGGAACAUUUGAAUGUGGUGCCUGCAGAUGUAAUGAAGGACGAAUCGGAAGACUAUGUGAAUGUAGCACAGAUGAAGUAAAUAGUGAGGAUAUGGAUGCUUACUGCAGGAGGGAGAACAGCACAGAAAUCUGCAGUAACAAUGGAGAAUGCAUUUGUGGACAAUGUGUGUGCAAGAAGAGGGAGAACACCAAUGAGGUGUAUUCUGGCAAAUACUGUGAAUGUGACAACUUCAACUGUGAUCGAUCAAAUGGUUUAAUCUGUGGAGGAAACGGGAUCUGCAAGUGCAGAGUGUGCGAGUGUUUCCCCAACUUCACUGGCAGCGCCUGCGAUUGUUCCUUGGAUACUACACCGUGUAUGGCAUCGAAUGGGCAGAUUUGCAAUGGAAGAGGAACCUGUGAAUGUGGCACCUGUAACUGUACAGAUCCCAAAUUCCAAGGCCCCACCUGUGAAAUGUGUCAGACUUGCCUCGGUGUCUGUGCAGAACACAAGGACUGUGUUCAGUGCAGAGCUUUCGAUAAGGGGGAGAAGAAGGAGACGUGUUCCCAGGAGUGCAUGCACUUCAACAUGACGCGCGUGGAGAGCCGCGACAAGCUGCCGCAGCCCGGCCAGCCCGACCCGCUGUCCCACUGCAAAGAGAAGGACGUGGAUGACUGCUGGUUCUACUUCACUUACUCUGUCAACUCCAAUGGUGAAGCCAAUGUCCACGUGGUGGAGACCCCAGAGUGCCCCAGCGGUCCUGACAUCAUUCCCAUUGUAGCCGGUGUGGUUGCUGGAAUUGUUCUUAUUGGACUUGCAUUAUUAUUGAUUUGGAAACUACUAAUGAUCAUUCAUGACAGAAGAGAAUUUGCUAAAUUUGAAAAAGAGAAGAUGAAUGCCAAGUGGGAUACGGGUGAAAAUCCUAUUUACAAGAGUGCAGUGACGACUGUGGUCAAUCCUAAAUAUGAGGGAAAAUGAACACUGCUUGUAUAACUUCACAACACUGUAUGCAGUAUAGCAACUUUUGUAGUCACAAUAAGAUAGAUUUAGGGCAAGCUGCAGUGAUUUUACUAAUUAAUUACAUACAGGUUUGUCUUCCUGUGUGAAAAUAGACCUUAUGUAAUUUUUUUUUUUUUUAAUUUUUUUUUUGUUUUGCAAAUAAGAGUAAUUGGUGCCAGAGGUUGGACAAAAAAAAACUUGAGACUGUGUAGCCUAGUCAGCCCAGGUCACAUGGUGCCUUUUUGACCUUUCCCAUUCCCGUGUUGUGAAUCCAGGUCUUGCUCGGGGCAUGGUGCUGCAUGGCAGGACUGGGAGGGAAGGGGUUAAAGCAAUCAGCAUGAGGGCUCUGCCUAGCCAUUUAGUAUUAAACUUUUUAGCUUUACAGGGAAAUCAGGGCUUGAGUUUGCAGAUGUAAUUAAACUCAUGUAGCAUGGAGCUGGUGGUUAAUUGGUCUUUGACUUGCUAGAUGAAUGAUUAAGUAUUUGGUAAGUUGAGUAAGCUGGAGGGGAGCAGUGUACAAGACUGAAAAGCAUGUGCAUACUUAUCUUUGAUUUUCAAGUUGCAUAUUGCCAGGUUAUGGUUAUGGUUAGAAUGAAAAGUUUUGAGAAGAAUGUUAAGAAAGAAAAAAUAGCUUUAAAACAUGUGCCAUUACUGAAGAAGUUGCUGACUGGUAACUUACUUAGACUUUUUUUGUAAAUUCAAGCCCUGGGUGGCAGUAUCAUGAAGUACCUUACCAAGACAUCCUCAGAUCACCUAAGGGCCUUAGUGAUGCUGUGUCUUUAUUCUGUAAUGUUUCUUUGCUUUCAAGCCUGGUGCUUUGUCACCUUCUAAUCUUUUAAUGUAUUUGGUUGCAAUUCUUUUUGUAAUAUUUUUGUAUCAACACAAGCUUUGUUUUCCUUUUUUUUUUGAGCAGUCUUAGCUGUAAAUUUGCCUUUACCCUGUAGCUAAGAUUGCAUAGUUUGUCAUGUGCAGAGUCACACAUCAUUCUUGACAUGUGCCAUGUAUAUUUGCCUCUGACCGUUCAAACUGCAUCAUAGUCAUAUUCUUGUUUUAAGUGCCUUUUUAUUUUAACAGAUGUUCACUUUUUACAGUGCUAUUACUGAAGUUAUUUAUUAAAUAAAAGUACCUUAAAAUA